UGGCACUCUGCGCUGUAAACAUUGAAUGGGGAGCCGUGACCGGCUAACACGUUUUCAAAAACAUUUAUUUUAAAACUAAUUUGCUGUGAAUUACGGCUGCUUUCUCAGCCAAACGAUGGACGAAUUAAAAACAAUGAUAAGAGCAUUAGCUAUAUCCAAUGCCGCCAGCGGUAUUACUGUAGCACAGUUGAAUAAGGACUUUAAAAACCUGGAGGGAUAUCCGAUUCCGUACAGCAAGUUUGGAUUCCAAUCGCUUGAUGGAAUGCUGAGAACCAUGACCGACGCUAUCCGGGUCAACGGAUAUGGCCCAAUGGCUGAAAUUCAUCCACUUAACAAUGAAAAAUCUCAACAUGUUCGACAAAUGGUGAAAAUGAGUAAACCACUUAAGAAAAAGCCUUCACUUCGUUAUCAUUCCCCUCAAACUAAUUUCCGGAAUAACUUUUAUGAAGACCACUAUUCGUCCCAUCUUGAUGAUUACGAUGAUAACGGAUACAAUACCAAGUCAGCUAACACGAACACUUUUUAUACCACCGCAAUACCGAAUAACAAUGUGCCAAAACAACAAUUACAGAAUGGUCACCAAUAUGAUAAUCUCCAUAGAGAUGUGCUACCGAAAACCCCCGUCCUGGUAGAAAAAAGCGUUGGCUCGGCUUGCGUUAAACCUCCUGAUUUAAGUAAUCAACUAAGCUAUGAGCUACCAAAGACCCCCAUUCCGGCAGCAAAAGGCGUUACCUCCCCUGCGGUUAAACCUCUUGAUCCAAUUAAUCAAAUGGAGAAGACACCCGAUGCAAUAAUAAAUCCCCUGGCCAUGGAUUACAAACGGACUCAUCGCAUGAUCGACGAGACAAGUGCUAAAACGCCAAUAGAGAAAAUAAAUGGAAGUGUUUGUAAACCGACGAAUAAUAUUAUCAUGCCCGAAGGUGUAAUGACUUCAAAGGAACGGGUUAUUGCAAACACAUUUCCCGCACACGUGAAACCGAAUGCAACCGUCCAGGUGGUGAUCACUACGAUCCUCAAUCCCAGGCACAUGUUUGUACAUUUCAAGGAACACAUCGACCAGCUACUUAAACUGGCGCCACACAUUGAUAAGAUCUACAAUGCAAAGCUGACUGCCUACGAGUGGCUUAUACCGGAAAACAUGAUAGAGGUUGGAUUAUACUGUGCCGCCCUAUACCACGGCCAAUGGUAUCGAGCGCAGGUGAUGGGUCCGGUAAACUUUCAACGUGUUCUGCUGCUGUACAUCGAUUACGGUUACCUGCGAUAUGUACCAUUGACGGAAAUAAGAUUUUUGACAAGAGAAUUGGCUUCCAUACCGCGCCAAACCGCACGCGUAGCGCUGAAAUAUUUAAAACCAUCGUACGGAACUUGGAGCAGAGAAUGCUGUACACAGCUGGCCAAUUUGGUGCAUCGCAAAGUGUUUCAAAUGCAUGUAAUCGAUAUUGAUGCAAAGGAAAAUCUGCUGGACGUUAUUCUUACCAAUGCCACAAAUGGUUCCGUAGAUUCGUUUGUGCACACGAGGGACGACAGUAAUCUGAACCGACAGCUGGCAAUGCGAAAUGAUAUUGUAUGGUCAGCAGAUUAAUGAAACGCUACGGACAAUCGCAUGCUAACUACGCGAUCCAAUAGGAAGACAUUCAUCGUGCCUGAAUGUUGUACAACUAACCAUAGACAACAUUUAUUUGCAUAUGUUUAAAACAUUGAUUUGACAACUAUGAGCAGAGGUUAUCUUUUUAACAAGUGUACACUGUAUUCGAACGUUAUGUUUAAAAAAAUAAAAACGUUGUUAAAUUUGAAUUAAAUAAAAGACAGUGACAUUGCUGUUUCAGUUUC